ACGGCUCUCAUUAUUUAAACAUUGUACCACAGGGAGGGUAAAAGUUUUCGAAGGGGACGGCGUUGCUUAGCAGCUCGUGGUCAGUGGACCGCUUUGCCUCGAGCGCCUCUUUUUGUGGAUUCUGAGUUCUUCCGCAGCGCAGACAUCAUCAUCAUGGCCCAGAUUGUAACUCUGAACGGACCCUCGCCCUGGGGCUUCCGACUUGUGGGUGGAAGGGAUUUCAGCACACCUCUAACCAUCUCCAGGAUAACACCAGGGAGCAAGGCGGAGCAGGGUAACCUGUGUCCUGGGGACAUCAUUGUGGCCAUCAAUGGAGACAGGACAGAGAGUAUGACACACAUGGAGGCGCAGAACCGCAUCAAGGCCUGUACUGAACAGCUCAUCCUGGCUAUCAACAGGUCAGACGGGAAGGUCUUGUCUCCAACAGUUUCAGAUAAUGGCAAAACAAGCCCAUUUAGAGCAACUCCAGAGCAAGAAUCUCAGGAUUUCCACACCGUCGGAAACAGCUACAGAGGAAAGCCAGUGCAGCACACCCCCGACGUACCCCUGAAGAACGGCGGCCCGAGGCCCAACCCACAGUAUAAUACCCCAGCAGGGCUCUAUGCGAGCAGCAACAAUGGCGAGCGGGCCUUGCCGAGGCAACUGGGCGCCCUGAGCCUUGGCUCCCCCAGCCCAGAGCCACCGGUAUACUCCCCAAGCAGCCGAAAUGGGUUCGACAUGGAAUCAGAUGUUUACAAGAUGCUGCAGGACCCUGGGGAGCCAGUCUCUGCCCCAAAGCAGUCUGGCUCUUUCCGGUAUCUCCAGGGCAUCCUGGAAGCUGAAGAUGGAGGUGUGUCCCCAACAGACAGACCUGGGAGGAGCCUCCGGUCUCCGGUCAGGUCACCGAUCCCAAGGCUGGUUAGCCCCAUCAACACUCCUUUGCCUGGCCUACAGAAGCUGCCCCAGUGCACCCGCUGUGGACAAGGCAUCGUGGGUACAAUAGUGAAGGCACGGGACAAGUUGUACCACCCGGAGUGCUUCAUGUGCGAUGACUGCGGCUUGAACCUGAAGCAACGGGGCUACUUCUUCAUCGAGGAGAACCUGUACUGCGAGACCCACGCCAAGGCCCGCGUGCAGCCACCCGAGGGAUACGAUGUUGUUGCCGUCUACCCCAACUCCAAAGUGGAACUGGUGUGAAGCUCCUGCAUUUCCCAUCUGUGCCUUUUCCCAGGAUUUUCACUCGCAACAUUUUUCUAUGCACUGCACGUCCAAAUUGUCGCUCAGAGAAACGGAUAAAGGAACAUUGAGCUUUCCACGGUUAUUUCUCUCCCCCUGGCAUGCCGCACUUAAGGAAUUCUAUCCUUGCUAGUGUGUGGUUUUUGUUUUUUCCUCUUUCAGACUUAGGUUGUGCAAACUGCUGAAAUUACUGAUUUAGGAAAUUUUAACUUGUAGUCUGAACUGAUAAAUGUUUUGUGUAUCAGCAGCACUUGUAAACCACAGUUUUGACUAGUUUAAAAAUAGUAUGUAGGGAUAGUGAGAUGAAGUAAUGAAAUUUUGUCCCUUGGAUUUGAAGGUUCAGUCAAACAUGUAUUUAAUCAACAAGAAAUGAGUCUCCCCCCCCCCAGCCAGCAGGAAAUGGAACUGAAAAACCAAACCCCAAGUUUACUACUUGCGUUUAGUUUGAAAUGGCAAUCUUUGUCACCUCUCAAGAUAUAUUUCAGUGUUAAAGUAUCAAGGCUUUUGUCUCUGCGAUACAGCCUGUAGAACCUGUAGGAAAGGCAGAAAUGAGACGGGGAGGGCUAUUGAAAGUCGGCCCACAAACCUGUAACGUGGAAUCGGUCUAGAUUUAUUAUGGUUUUGAAUGCAACCGUACACAUUGGCCCACACUGGCGGAAACGGCAUGUUUAGCAACAGCCAGCUCCGUUGAGGAAACCACCGUUCCAUGUUCAUGAGUAAUCAAUUUAUAGGCUGAUGUUGGUGGCAAAUAAUAUGGUAAUUCUGAAACUUUUUUUCUAAAAUUUUUCAAAUUUUAUUGUAAUCAUGGUUUUGUUUUCAAUACAGCUUCAUGAUAUUUUAACAACUAUUUCAAAGCAUUGGUUGGGGGUUGUAAAAAUAUUCUGAAUGUAUUUAAAUGUCAAAAAGAGUUGUUUUGCUGAAGUAAACAACUGAGGAAAAUAUUGUACUCCCACAAUGCUUUUUAU